AUGCCCUUCCCGCCAUCAUACCCACCAUCAUACCCUCUAUGUAGAUGCCCGCCUUACGCUUACGAGUAUGAUGAAUGGGCACGGCCUCCGUGUUGCGGAUUUGUGGGAUUAGCCACGCGUUUUAUGUAA